ACAAUUUUUUUAGCACUUUGCCAUGACCCAUGAUCCCCUCCCCUAGCAUUAAUUUGUUUGCAGAAAGAUGAGAUGUGCGCGCUGUACUAGUUGGGUACACAUGGAAGCGCGCGCCACUGUGACUGUGAGUCUCAGGACGGACGAUGAUCACUCUCCAUUAAUUCAAUAGGGACCAUGGUUUGCUUUGUCUUGUCUCUAACGAAUGCAUCCACGGAAGGACGGACCAACCACUUGCAUUCGACAGCAUGCGCAUGCGAUCUCGUCGGGUACUGAAGUAGCGUCCACGCCUCCUGCCCCCGCAAUCACUUCCACCUCCCUGCUCUGCUUUGCUGUUUGCAUCGCAUCGCGUCGCCUUUGCUGAAUCCCAGCGACGGACGGGCCGCCACGGGCACUGUACGGUGCCGACGAGCAUUGCUUGCUGCUGCCUCGGCCGGCAUGGCGAUGGCGGCGCCGGUGGAGGUCGGCACGCAGGGCACGGUGGGCUCGCUGGUGCUCCGGGAGGUCGAGCACUUCCGGAGGAUGGAGGUCGCCGGCGGCCACGGCAAGAAGAGCAGCAAGGUCGUUGCAGCCGGCGGCGCCAGCCCCCGGAGCAACGGCGGCAAGAAGCCCAGGCCGAAGAAGGGCGCCGCAGUAGUAGGCAAUGCGUCGUCCUUCUUGCCGAGGAUGUGCUCGUCGGCGGAGGUCGCGGAGGAUCCCGCCGGCAGCGGCCGGAGGGAGCGGCCGUCCAGGGUCCGGUACCGGCCUCUCGGCGACGACGGGGACGGGGACGCCCUGCCUCAGCAGGACUAGCUGGUCACACUCACAGGGCAGGGCCGGGCAUGCAGGAGGAUCGAUAUUAUGCAGUGUCAGAUCAGAUUCAGAUCCGGAGAGAUCUGUGCCAAUAGGGUACUGGAUGGAUGAUGUCUUGCCAUUUUUUUCAUCCGUUUCUUUUGCUUCCGCUUGUUCAGUGAUGUUUAGGAGUGGUAGAUGUAUGACGACUGUGGUUUGACUCGUAUCCAAUAAUAAUAAUAAUAUCUAUUUUGCUAGCAACAUUGAACAUUGACA